AUGUUAAAAGAAACAGUCGAUUUUAUGGAAACUCGAAGGAAAACAUCCAAAGAUCAUCAACAAAACUAUGAAAUUAUCAUUGUAGACGAUGGUAGUAGAGAUAAUACUAUUCAGGUAGCAUCGGAUUUUGCAACACAACACCAGUCUGUGGAUAUUCGCAUUUUACCCUUGGAAAAGAAUCGUGGAAAAGGUGGUGCUGUCACUCAAGGAAUGUUAUGUGCUCGUGGAGAAUAUUGUCUUAUGGUGGAUGCUGAUGGUGCUACUCAAUUCUCUGAUAUUAUCAAAUUGGAAGAACAACUCAAAUCUAUUGUUAAUCAAGAUGGUUAUGGUAUUGCAGUUGGAUCAAGAUCUCAUCUAGUAUCUACUGAAGCUGUAGUCAAGCGAUCAUUCAUUCGAAAUCUACUCAUGCGUGGUUUCCAUACAUUGGUAUACACUUUGGGUAUUAGAGGAAUUGAAGACACACAAUGCGGUUUCAAGUUAUUCACAAGAAAUGCGGCUCAACUUAUCUUCCCCAAUAUGCAUGUAGAAAGAUGGAUCUUCGAUAUUGAAUGCUUGAUGAUUGCCCAAUCUCAAAAUAUCCCUAUUGUAGAAGUCCAAGUCAAUUGGCAUGAAAUAGACGGAAGCAAGGUCAACUUGAUCACGGAUUCAGUACAAAUGGCAAAGGAUUUAUUUUUGAUUAGAUUGAAUUUUGUAUUAGGUUUUUGGAAAGUGAAAAAGGAAAAAAUGUUGAAAAGUUUGUAA